AUUUAGUUAGCCUUUUCCUGAACUCCGCCCGGCUCGUCCAUACUCCGUCGUUACUUCCAGUAACUUAUUAUUAUUCUUGACUUACUGAACCUCCUCUCUCCUUCUCUGCCCUGUUGAUCACUCCCUGCCAGAGUCGUUCCUUUAUUUUUUCUUUUCCCUUUACCCACCCCUCGGUAGGAUGCGAUUUCCGCUUCCUAACGUAACAUUAUGACUUCUCCCUCCAACAAUCAUGCGGAUCGGCCGGAUUCUCAACAAUUGCUACAGCACGAUUCAACUCUGACAGUUGCACAAUCGGUUUCCCUUACUAUCGGGGGCGACUCCCUUAUCGUUGUCGACGAGCGCCCAAAGUCAAAAGAUCAGCGCGCAUGCUGUGGCUUGUUGGCCAAGUCAUCGAAAACUACCCAUUCCAUUGGGCUGUAUAAUAUUCUUGAUGCCGAUCUUUCCCCUGCGGGCCUAACCAUCACUUAUGCCCAAGCUGCUACCAAAGACAGCAUUUCCGUGACGGCCCUCGAGUACCCGAUCACCGAGAAAGAAAAGGCAAGUGCGCAGGCAUGGGUUUCGCAAUUAUUAGACCUUGCAUAUGGCGAAGCACAACGGUACAAAAGACUUAAGGUUCUGAUCAACCCAUUUGGCGGUAAAGGUGCAGCUUCUAAGAGCUAUCACAAACAUGCAGCGCCGGUCUUCGCCGCUGCGCGCUGUGUAGUGGAUGUGCAGGAAACAACACAUCGAGGCCACGCCACCGAGAUCGUGGAGCGAAUCGACAUUGACGCCUACGAUGCUAUCGUUUGCUGCUCCGGUGAUGGUUUACCGUACGAGGUCUUCAACGGUCUAGGAAAGAAACCGAAUGCUGGAGAAGCACUGGCAAAAGUAGCCGUCGCCAUGGUCCCCUGCGGCUCUGGUAAUGCCAUGGCAUGGAACCUUUGUGGCACGGGCAAUGUUUCAGUGGCAGCGCUUGCGAUUGUCAAAGGCCUGAGAACGCCGAUGGAUCUGGUCUCGCUUACGCAAGGGAAUUCUCGCACACUGUCAUUCCUGUCUCAAUCCUUCGGUGUCAUCGCGGAAUCGGACCUAGGAACCGACAACAUCCGAUGGAUGGGAGCUCACCGUUUCACAUACGGUUUCCUUGUACGCAUCAUGCAACGGACGGUGUACCCAUGCGACCUCGCCAUCAAGGUGGAGACUGAUGACAAAAAGGCGAUCAAAGACCAUUAUAAUACAUACGCACACAAUCCAGCUCCGCUUCGUUCCCCCGAAGAGACUGCAGGACAGUCCAAGGGUCUUCCCGAGCUUAAGUACGGCACGGUCCAGGAUGAUCUUCCCAAAGAUUGGGAAGUCAUUCCAGGCGAAGAAAUGGGUAACUUUUACGCGGGCAAAAUGGCUAUUGUGUCCAAGGACACAAAUUUCUUCCCCGCCUCCGUGCCCAACGAUGGGCUGAUGGACAUUGUCACCAUUAACGGAACAAUCCCUCGUACUACGACCCUCAAGAUGAUGACCGCCAUCCCCGAGAAUGAGUUCUUUGAUAUGCCCGAUGUCAAGAUCCGCAAAGCUUUUGCCUACCGCCUGGUCCCUCGUCAGAAGGAAGGCUAUAUCAGCGUUGACGGUGAAAGCAUCCCAUUCGAAGCCUUCCAGGCUGAAGUCCAUAGAGGUCUCGGUACGGUACUCUCUAAAUCGGGACAUCUCUAUGAGGCAGAGGGUCCGAGACCGUGAUGUCCUUGACACAGUCCCUUCAAGUAACAAAGGACACAAUGGAGAAACAGGUCGCCAGUGAUGUCUUUUGGUUGUAUACAUAUAUUUAUUUUUACUGGUCUUGUCAUUCUAUGAUACCCGCGCGCAAGACUUUCGAGGAAGCACAGGCAUGCUUUUAAUGCAGUUAGUUUAGGGCUCUGCUAGCUGGAUACCGUUAGCCAGAACUGACUAACAACUACAGCUCGUGAUGUAUACACUUUACUAUAGAGUUCAUGGAAAGACAAUUGUUGUUGUA